UGGAAGUGGAGUUACAGGCAGCCAUGUGGGUCCUGGGAAUUAAACUUAGGUCCUCUGGAAGAGCUGUCAAUCACUUAAGAGCUAAACUAUCUCUCUAACCCCUUCUUUGUUUUGAGACAAGAUCUGAAUAUGUGGCCCAGGCUGACCUCAGUUUUGUGAACCUCUUGCCUCAGUCUCCCUAGGCUAGAAUUACCGGGAUAUAGUACCAUGCCCAACCCCAACAACUAAGGCAUAAAGUUUUCAUUCACUAAAAAUAUUUACUGUUGUGGGGUGGAGUGUGCCGUGACGUGUAUGUGGUGGUCAGAGAACAACUUUGUGGGAUUGUUCUCGCCUUCCGCCUUUAUGUAGGUUCUGGGUCUUGAACUGAGGUUGUCAGGCUUGAAAGGCAGGCACUUUACCUGCUGAGUCAUCUUUAAGCCCCCCCCCCUUUUUUGAGCAAGGGUCUCAUGUAGCUCAUGCUGGCCUUGAAUUCUAUAUGUAGCCAAGGAUAGCCUUUGGACUCCUUAUUCUCUUGCCUCUGCCUCCCAAGUGCUGUGAUUAUAGGUGACAGUCAUUGUGCCAGCCCCGCACCUUAUGACAGCAUUUUCAGGUAUGAACUGCACCCUGUUUCCCAAUCAAGUUUUCCUGGGGGCAGCCUUAGGGCUCUAUUUUACAGCCCGCCUCUACCCCUGGGCAGUCUCUCCUAGCUGUGCUGUGGACAGUGGUGCACUUCCCCUGCCUGGCCCUGCUGCCUAAGGAGCAGCGUGCUGAGACAGGACAGAGGUCUCUGAGAUUCUCUGUUUGCCUCUUCCAGUGUGGAGCUCCCUUCCUGUGAAUGAACUGGGGCUGGGACCAUGGACUUCUCAGCCUGCUGGGCCUGACGUAGAACCUCAGAAAGCCCCUGGGAGAUGAAGCUCUGCAGGGAGCUGAGGCGGCAGGAGCCCCCUCUGGACAUGCGCCCACAGUGCCGGAGACUUGCAGGGCUACUCGGGCUCCACGCUGGUACUUGUGGCCCACACAACCUUCAUGUGGAAAGUAGAACGUGUGUGUGGCAAAGGAGUGGCUGUCUUGUGGGCCACAGAAUCAAGCAUUGUUUGAGUGGACGGACACAUAGCUCUGUGCUCUGAUCCUCUAGCAUUGGUCAUGUCCAUGCCCACUGAGGGCACCCCACCGCCCCUAAGUGGUACCCCCAUCCCAGUUCCAGCCUACUUCCGACAUGCAGAGCCUGGUUUCUCCCUCAAAAGGCCCGGGGGCCUCAGCCGGAGCCUUCCACCGCGGCCCCCUGCCAAGGGCAGCAUCCCCGUCAGCCGCCUCUUCCCUCCUCGGACUCCAGGCUGGCACCAGCCCCAGCCCCGGAGGGUGUCAUUCCUGGGUGACACCUCAGAGACCCUGCAGAGUCCUGGAUAUGAUCCAAGCCGGCCAGAGUCCUUCUUUCAGCAGAACUUCCAGAGGCUUAGCCGCCUAGGUCAUGGCUCCUACGGAGAGGUCUUCAAGGUGCGCUCCAAGGAAGAUGGCCGACUCUAUGCUGUUAAGCGCUCCAUGUCACCAUUCCGAGGCCCCAAAGACCGGACUCGCAAGCUGGCUGAGGUAGGCGGCCACGAGAAGGUGGGGCAGCACCCACACUGCGUGAGACUGGAGCAGGCCUGGGAGGAGGGCGGCAUCCUAUACCUGCAGACAGAGCUCUGUGGGCCCAGCCUGCAGCAACACUGUGAAGCCUGGGGGGCCAGCCUGCCCGAGGCCCAGGUCUGGGGCUACUUGCGGGACACUCUUCUGGCUCUGGACCACCUACAUAGUCAAGGCCUAGUUCACCUUGAUGUCAAGCCUGCCAACAUCUUCUUGGGGCCCCGGGGCCGCUGCAAGCUGGGUGACUUUGGACUCCUGGUGGAUCUGGGUUCAACUGGCGCUGGUGAGGCUCAGGAGGGCGACCCUCGCUACAUGGCCCCAGAACUGCUGCAGGGCUCCUACGGGACAGCCGCAGACGUGUUCAGUCUGGGUCUCACCAUCUUGGAAGUGGCCUGCAACAUGGAGCUGCCGCAUGGUGGGGAGGGCUGGCAGCAGCUGCGCCAGGGAUACUUGCCCCCCGAGUUCACUGCUGGUCUGUCUUCUGAGCUGCGUUCUGUCCUCACAAUGAUGUUGGAGCCUGACCCCCAGCUUCGAGCCACAGCUAAGGCCCUGCUGGCCCUGCCCAUGCUGAGGCAGCCACGUCCCUGGAAUGUUCUGUGGUAUAUGGCUGCAGAAGCUCUGAGUCGAGGUUGGGCCCUGUGGCAGGCACUGAUCACUCUGCUGUGCUGGCUCUGGCAUGGUCUGGCUCAUCCUGCCAGCUGGCUGCAGCCUCCGGGCCCACCAGCCACGCCGCCUGGCUCUCCACCUUGCAGCCCCCUCCUGGACAGCAGCCUCUCCAGCAGCUGGGACGACGACAGCAUAGGUCCCUCGCUCUCCCCAGAGACCAUCUUGUCCCGGAUCACUAGGAGAACCUCUACCCCUCGAGGCAGGUACACACCAAGGGAUGCCCUGGACCUAACUGACAUGGACUCGGAGCCUCCUAGAGGUCCCUGCCCUACCUUUGAGCCACGGAACCUCCUCAGCCUAUUUGAGGACUCACUAGACCCAGCCUGAGCCAUAGGCCCAGUCUUGGUGCUUUUAAACCUCUGACCCUCUUCCUACCUCUCCCCUGGAAACUUCUGUAUCUAAUAAAAAGUAAUGAAUCUUGGGAGCACCCAAGGUUGCUCAUGUGGCAA